AUGCCGAUAACGUGCAAAAAAAAUACGGAGACUCUGGAAACCAUACUGUGGUCGACAUAUACCAGCAAUCAUGGCAUAGAAGAGUGGAUAAUAACCUCUUUAACCGGAGCCCUGGUCCUUUUUGCAGAAACUUGGUGCCAUCAACCACCGGGCCAAUACCCGGAACCAGAAAGUAUCAGGGAAUUUUGGAGUGGCAUCUGGCAGGUCCCUCUCAAUCACAAAGUUUCGGCUGAGUGGAUAAAGUGCGAACAAAAGGAGACCGAAAGAAUAAAACUCAUGCUGCCUCAGGUGAUCGUCGUAGAGGACCUAAAGGAAGCCCUGGCGAAAGCUAAAAACUGGAAAGCCCCCGGACCCGUUGGGAUACAGAACUUCUGGUACAAGAAAUUCACCGCUGUCAGGUCCAAACUUGCUGACAUCUUGAGCCUGAUACUGAACAACCCUCAGUCUGCGCCACCCUUUCUGACGAAAGGGAUGACCUACCUUCUCCCAAAGACAGACUACCCAAAUAAAGAUCCCUCCAAAUACAGACCCAUAACGUGCCUGCCCACGAUAUACAAAAUUCUCAAUGGAAUAAUAGCUAACAAACUAUACCAACACAUGGAUGAUAACAAUCUUUUGGCUGAAGAGCAGAAGGGGUGCAGGAGGCAUGCACAGGGCUGUAAGGAACAACUUGCAAUUGACAACGUUGUCACCCGCAACGCAAUAGCUUCCAAGAAGAAUCUCUUUACUGCAUAUAUUGAUUAUCGGAAGGCAUUUGAUAGUGCUCCGCACACUUGGCUGCUACAGUGCCUCUCUGUCUAUAAAGUCGACCCCAAAAUCAUUAACUUUCUCACGCAUGUUAUGGGCCAGUGGGAGACGCAAAUAAUUCAGAGAGACCAGAGGACGCAAGAGAAGCCGAUCAGCAUAAAAAUCCAACGAGCGUUAAACCCACUCUCCUCCGCUCUCAAUAAUCUCAAACAAGGAUAUCCACUUAAUAAAGAACUUAAGCUCUCCCACUUAAUGUACAUGGACGACCUCAAGAUAUUUUCGGACACCGAGAAGGGACUAAAACGGCAGCUCAGAUGCAUCGAGAACUUUUCAAAUGAUAUUCGAAUGAGUUUCGGUCUGGAGAAAUGUAAAGUUAGCAGACUUCAUAGAGGACAGUGGCGUCAGAUGGAUGGCCAUCAGCUUACACAACAUAGUGGUGGUGGAAAAAUAACGACGCUGGAUAAAUUUGAAACCUAUGAAUACCUAGGUCUUGCCCAGGCGCGAGGGAUAGACUCUAAAAGUGUCAAGACGCUGCUCACGGAGAGAUUUAAAGAGAGAGUCAAGCACAUCUUAAAAACAGGAUUGGCAGGCCGUAACAUGGCGACUGCAAUCAAUUCCUACGCCGUCCCUGCAGUGGCGUACAGCUUCGGCAUCGUCGAUUGGACGCCGACAGAGCUUGAUGAUCUGAAUAGAACCUUAAGGACAAAUCUAACUAAAUUCCGCGCUCACCACCCACGAGCUGGCAGAGAGAGGGUACAUCUACCUCGAAACAUCGGAGGCAGGGGUUUCUCGGAUCUGCGAAUAUGCCACAAAACCCAGGUGGAGCGGCUGCAGAAAUACUUCCAUCAAAAAAGUGAGAGCUCAGCGCUCCACCGAGCAGUGACAGGUCUAGAUAGAUCACUUACACCCCUCAUGUUGCAGGCCACACACUAUCAGUGCGACCCUAAGUAUUCAAUUUUCGAGCUUGAGACCCAGUGGCGGGGAAAGGAACUACACGGCAGAUACCCAAACUUGCUUGACAGUGCUGACCUUGACAAGCCCGCAUCAGUUGGCUGGCUAACGAACGGCAACCUUUUCCCCGAGACUGAGGGUUUCAUGUGUGCAAUUCAGGAUCAGGUCAUACCCACUCGGUCUUAUCUUAAACACAUAAUCAAGGACCCGACAGUAACAACAACGAACUGUCGCAUAUGUGGAGAGGGCCAUGAGAAUGUUGAGCACCUCAUCAGUGGUUGUCGGAUGCUGGCCCCGAAGGAGUACACCACAAGACACGACAACGUAUCCAAGAUAGUCCAUCAGGAAAUAGCCUUCAACCUUAAACUUCUAAAAGAGAAGUGUCCAUACUACCGAUACUCACCAGAAUCCGUGCUUGAAAAUGAGGGAUUUAGGAUAUAUUGGGACAGGACUGUUCAGACCGAUCGCACUGUCCAGCAUAACAGGCCAGAUAUUCUUAUUUAUGACAAGGCAAAUAAGAUGGUGACCCUCGUCGACGUUGCAAUUCCCGCACCUAACAACUUGCAGAAGAAAGAACGUGAAAAAAGAGAAAAAUACAUACCGUUAGCGGAUGACAUAAAACAGACAUGGCAUGUCGAUAGGGUUAACAUUGUUCCUAUAGUGAUCGGUGCAAUGGGAGAAAUACCAAAGUCCCUCAGAACCAACCUGACAACACUCACCGUAAAACCAGGCGCCUACUUUGAAAUGCAGAAGUCUGUGGUACUAGCUACCUGCAACAUAAUUAGAAGAGUUCUUAAUCAACCUCAACUUCAAUAG